AUGCAAAGCGCGCUCCCGGGGGCCCAGCCGGGCCGCGCCGUUCAGCGAUUUGGAGACUUGUGGGGUGGCAAGUACCGCCCCACGCUCCUUCCCGGUCGCGGAAGGCUGAUGGCGGAAGACAUGCAUGCGCUUAUUCUUGCCUUUGUCUCGGCGGUGGUGCGUGAGAGAGACACGCGCGUGGAGCGACAGGAGGGGCCGCGGAGAGCCGUGGAAAGGGAUCUCGGGGUGACCGAUGCAGGCCAUGGAGAGACAGCUCCGGAGGAGAGUCCACUCGAGCAAGAGAGGCGCCUGGGUCGCGCGACCGAGUUUGUGUCGCCUGAAAACUGCGUAGGCGCGGUCGGAACAGAGACACGGCCUGGCGCGCGGCAACCUCCGCUCAACUUGUCUGCCUCCGAGGCUGAGCGGGAAGGGCAAGGAGGCACGCGCGAGGAGGGUGGAGACAAGGCGGACCAGAGCCGGCAUAAGUACAUGAAAGAGGGAGCCUUCGAGCUGUUUUCAUUUCUCUUUUACAAGAGGCGCUUUUCGUAUAUCCACCAGGCUGCGGCUCUCGAGAGUCAAGAAGAGGUCUGGCGCCUCAUGCUUGUCGUUUGGCAAGCUCUUUUCUCGUCUCCGCCUUCGCGCUCUGCCUCCGCGUCGCCAGCAUGUCUGCUGGUUGAGCGAAGGUCGCCGCCGCCCAGACCGGACACAGAGGAUGGACGUGACGCACCAGCUUCUUCAACGCAAAGUUCAACAGACACCCCUGACGGCGACGUCCCCCCUGGGGGCGAGCCGUCUGCCAGCGAGGGGAAACGCAAUUCGUAUGAGUUCCUCUAUCGCGUGGGUUGCGUCUUCCUUUUGCUGUGGCUUCUUUACACGGCCCCCUUCCCCGCCUCGCGGACUUUGGACCACACCCGCGCCGCGGCGGUCUCCUCUUCGUCGUGCUCUGACUCGAGCAGUGCGGCAGGCGGGGAGAAGAUGUCGAAAGGAGGGCUCUCAGCGGAGGUUCAGGGCAGAGCGCCAACAGAAAAUGCGCGACACAGUUCAGCGUCUCCAGGUGCCCCAGGCGAGCACGGGGCACACGCCGGAGACCCUGUCGCGUAUCUGGGUCUGGAACCCGAGCAACGGACUCACAGGAAGGGACUCGUCCUGCCGGCGGUCGCCGCGCUCUCCGUAGGAAACGUGGAACUGAUGGUUGAAGUGGCACAGACGUGUUUGAAGCGCGAUGAACUCCUGGACGGAGCGCGUGCAUUCAAGUUUCUCUGGGGCUCCGGUAAAAUUUGUGUGGCCGUUUUCCCCGAGGCUGAGGAGGCGUGUGGCAAACGAGGCCUUCCACUUGGCGUCAACAAGGCUCUUCUCUUCUCUUCAUUACAGCGCCAGCCAGUGGCCGUGGAGCGCCCGCAUCCUGGAAACCUCCAUGCUGACGUACAUUCUGCUGCCUUCCCCAUAUUUCGUUUGCUUGAGGAGCUCCCCAACUCUCCCCUCGUUCCGAGAGAUUCCCUUGUUACGUUCUCUCACCCUCAUCAUCAGCAUCGUUACGACGACCUCCGAGGGCGAACGAGAAGAGACGACAGCCGGGGAAGGGACCAAGCGGCUGGGCCCUUGCAAGCUCACCUGUACGCGUAUGGCGUCGCGCUCCAGCAAAUGGCAGACGAAGAGCCGCUGCCGUGGGUCGACGAACGGACUGUCGAGGGCCCGUCAAGCGCUGCCCGAUGA